AUGAAUGCCGGUAAUGUCAAAGAGGCAUUUAAAACUAAAUUUAUACCAUUGUACGAAACCUCAGAUAACCAAUCCAGUCCACCUGAAUCACUAACCAACGAUGAUUCCGACAACGAAGAUAUCCAGGAAGAAGUAGAUUAUCUGACUCCAAACGAGAAUAACGUAGAAAAAGGGAAGUUUUUGCUGGUGAAAGUAUUAGUGGGUUUAAGGAAGAAAACCAACUAUAGAUACGUUGCUAUGGUCCAGAAUAUUUCCGAAGACGAAACUGAAGUAUUAGGCAUGAAGUCUCUAGUAGAGGGGAGAAAAGAUUUUUCAAACUGUGAUGAUUUAUUCUCAAUUCACUUUUCCGACAUAAUUGCUGUGCUGACAGAUCCCGAAAUGAAACAUUUCGACGGCUAA